AUUAUGAAAUUGAUGCAUCUCAAAGUAGUUUAUUUAUUAUUAGUACCUUCCAUUCUUAGCAGGAACUUAUUUUAUUACAUUAUUACUUACUUGUGUGCUCGCUUUGUCUAUGAAAACCAGACAAAAAUUGUUCUCAAUAGUACUACAGCAUAUGUUAUGCUAGUCCAGAUCCAGCUCUGUCUUUGUUUGUUAUGAUGUACUAGCCUUUUCUUUGUUAUAAGCUAUGGGCUGAUUAUAUUUACGUCUCCCGCUUUUUUUGCUCAACUCUUUUAGAGGAGAAAAUAUGAGCAGGCCAGGAGACUGGAAUUGCAGAUCAUGCCAACACCUCAACUUCCAAAGGAGGGACUCGUGCCAGCGCUGUAGAGAACCAAGACCUAGCGAGAGAGGUGACUAUGGAAGCUUUGGUGGCAGGGGUGGCUCAUCAUUCGGGUUCAGUACAGGACCUGAUGUUAGGCCUGGUGACUGGUAUUGCACUAUGGGGAACUGCGGAGCUCACAACUUCGCCAGCAGAUCAAGCUGCUUCAAGUGUGGUGCAGCCAAAGAUGAAUCGUCUGGAGGAGGACUUGAAGGUGACAUGCCUCGUAUGAGGGGUUAUGGCUUUGGCAGUGGCAGCUCUAGCCGCUCAAACUGGAAAUCUGGGGACUGGAUUUGCACCAGGUCGGGCUGCAAUGAGCACAACUUUGCCAGCAGGAUGGAAUGUUUCCGAUGCAAUGCACCAAGGGACUUCAGCAACAAAUCUUCAUAUUAAUAAAAUUUUCAUUUUUGGGGUACUGCAGUCCCAAGAGAGAUCACACAAGACACCCCCCAGAUGAUCACUCUUUUUGCUCCUAGCUUCCUCUCUCUCUCCUUC